GUUUCAAUAUAUAGAUCCUCGCAACACGACUUAUGUUCCAAUAUAUCUAUAUAUAAAGAGAGAGUGGCAGACCAAUUAUGCAAACUUUACAGUACUUAAUCCUUAGAGAUAUGGCAUUCCAAAUUGGAGAAAUGUCAGCAGAGCAACUGCUUGAUGGUCAAGCCCAUGUAUGGAACCACUUAUUCAGUUUCAUAAACUCCAUGUCUCUGAAAUGUGCAAUUGAAUUGGGCAUACCAGAUAUCAUCCACAACCAUGCCAAACCAAUGUCUCUUUCUCAAUUGGUCGAUGCCCUUCCCAUCCCUAAGGUAAAAUCUCAUUUCGUCUACCGUUUGAUGCGCUUACUAAUUCACUCUGAGUUUUUUGUCAAAGUCGACGUCUCUGAUGAAGAAGAAAAAGAGCAUUAUUGGCUCACACCUGCAUCUCUCCUCCUCUUGCGGAAUGCACCCUUGAGCGUGGCACCUCUUGUACAACUCAUAUUGGACCCCAAUAUGACGGAACCCUUGGAUCAUUUAAGUGAAUGGCUUGCGAGCCAACGCCAUACCUCACCAUAUGAACUGGUGCAUGGGAAGGUGUUGUUUGAGCAUUUAGGGCUACAGCCAGGGCUGAACAACUUGUACAAUGAUGCUACGUCUAGUGAUUCCAGGCUCUUGACUCACGUACUUGUUAGAGACUGCAAACAAAUAUUUGAGGGGAUCAAAUCGUUGGUGGACGUGGGUGGUGGCACCGGGACGACGGCUAAGGCUAUUGCUGAUGCAUUCCCCGACAUGAAAUGUAUUGUUCUUGAUCUCCCACAUGUUGUGGGUGGUUUGGAAGGGACUAACAACUUCACCUAUGUUGCGGGAGACAUGUUUGAGAAUAUCCCCUCUGCAGAUGCUGUCUUCCUCAAGUGGAUACUGCAUGACUGGAACGAUGAAGAUUGUGUCAAAAUAUUAAAAAAAUGCAAAGAAGCAAUCGCGGUCGAAGGCGGGAAGGUGAUCAUUAUCGACAUGGUUCUGGAUGUUCACGGAACAGACAGUGGGGUAAGAGAAACCCAUCUCCUGCUCGACAUGGCGGUGCUCGGUUAUUACAAUGGUAAAGAAAGAACAGAGAAGGAGUUUGCAAAACUCUUGUUCGAUGCUGGCUUCACUAGCUAUAAGAUUACUCCUGCAUUUGGUAUGAGGUCUCUCAUUGAGAUUUAUCCUUGAAACCAUGCAAGGAAUAUUGAAUUGUUCAUGGUCCUCUUUCAAAUAUUUGUUUAAGUACAA